AUGUCACAUAAGCCCCCAACUAAUAGCAGCGCCAAACUCUCCGGCGCUACGCCUCUCCUGAUAAGCGCCUACUCUCCGGCCCUCUUCGCAUUCACCGGCCGUGAGAAUGUGAUACCUAUACAGAUAUAUAUAGAGCUGAGCACAUCAAUUUCUAGGGAUUCAACGUUCGAGAAUUUGUUUUCUCCUUUGGGUUUUUUGGGACAGAAUAUUCAUCGGUUUUUAUUGAAAGUUAGGUCAAGGAAUGUGAAUGCUUCAGAAAAGGCAAAGUUGGAGACCGUUUUGACGUAUUGGUUAUCAUCUACCAUGGAUACAGACUCAAUCCAAAAUUCUGCUGGAGAUUGUUUAAUGAAGAAUAAGAGGAGGAGGAGGAAGAAGGCUAACAAAGCAGGUGAACUGCUGAACAUGAAUCAGAUGGAUGGUAAUUUGGAAGUUCCUGAUAUUGGCAAAAUUUGUACUGCAACCAUUAGUGAUUUUCAAAAUAAUCUUAUGGAGUUAGAUUCAACUGCACGAUCACAAUCACAGGCUGAACAAUCUAAAAUGGUCACGAAGCCAAUUGAACUUCGUGCAGGAUGGACAGUGCUGAGAAAAAAGGAAAGGAGAGAACAGAAGAAAAAGGAGGCUAAAAUUGAAGGUGAACUUCAAAGUGUUGGUCAGAUGGAUGAUCAUUUGGGAGUUCCCACCAAUGGCAAACUUUGUAAUGAUUUGCAGAAUAAACUUAUUGAGUUAGAUUCAACUGCACAAUGGCAUGUGGAACAAUCUAAAAUGGAUACAAGGUCAACUGAAAAUAUUAUAGAAGGGACAGUGCUGAGCAAAAGCAAAAAGAGAAAACAGAAGAAAAAGAAGGCUAUAAAUGAAGGUCAACUUCGAAGCGUGGAUCAGAUGGAUGAUCAUGACAUUGGAAAAAUUUGUACUGGAGCCAAUAGUGACUUGCAGAAUAAUAUUACUGAGUUGGAUUCAACUGCACGAUCGCACAUGGAACAUUCUAAAAUGGAUACAGGGUCAAUUGAAAGUAUUUCAGAACGGACAGUGCAGAGGAAAAAGAGAAAGAGAAAACAGAAGAAAAAGAUUGCUAAAAAUGAAGAUGAACUUCAAAGCGUGGAUCAGAUGGAUGAUCAUUACAUUGGAAAAAUUUAUACUGGAGCCAGUAGUGACUUGCAGAAUAAUAUUAUUGAGUUAGAUUCAACUGCACAAUCUCACAUGGAACAAUCCCAAAUGGAUACAAUGUCAAUUGAAAAUAUUUUAGAAGGGACAGUGCAGAGGAAAAAGAGUAAGAGAAAACAAAAGAAAAAGAAUGCUAAAAAUGAAGGUGAACUUCAAAGCGUGGAUCAGAUGAAUGGUCAUUUGGAAGUUCCAGCCGUUGGCAAACUUUGUAUUGUAGCCAACAAUGAUUUGCAGAAUAAUCUUAUAGAGUUAGAUUCAACUGCACAAUGGCACGUCGAACAAUGUAAAAUGGAUACAAGGUCAACUGAAAAUAUUUCAGAAGGGACAGUGCAGAGGAAAAAGAGAGAGAAAAAACAGAAGAAAAAGAAGGCUAAAAAUGAAGGUGAACUUCAAAGCGUCGAUCAGAUGGAUGAUCAUUCGAAAGUUCCCGUCCUUGGCAAUUUUUUUACUGUAGCCAAUAAUUUGCAGAAUAAUCUUAUUGAGUUAGAUUCAACUGCACAAUUGCACGUGGAACAAUCUAAAACAGAUACAAGGUCAACUGAAAUUAUUACAGAAGGGACAGUGGUUAGCAAAAACAGAAAGAGAAAACAGAAGAAAAAGAAGGCUAAGAAUGAAGGUGAACUUCAAAGCAUGGAGCAGAUGGAUGAUCAUGACAUUGGAAAAAUUUGUACUGGAGCCAAUAAUGACUUGCAGAAUAAUAUUAUUGAGUUAGAUUCAACUGCACAAUCGCACGUGGAACAAUCUAAAAUGGAUACAAGGGAAACUGAAAUUAUUACAGAAGGGACAGUGCAGAGAAAAAAGAGAGAGAAAAAACAGAAGAAAAAGAAAGCUAAAAAUGAAGGUGAACUUCAAAGUGUAGAUCAGAUGGGUGAUCAUUUGGAAGUUCCGGCCGUUGGCAAACUUUGUAUUUUAGCCAAUAAUGAUUUGCAGAAUAAUCUUAUUGAGUUAGAUUCAACUGCAAAAUGGUGCGUGGAACAAUCUAAAAUGGAUACAAGGUCUACUGAAAAUAUUACAGACGGGUCAGUGCAGAGGAAAAAGAGAAAGAAAAAACAGAAGGAAAAGGUGGCUAAAAAGGAAGGUGAACUUCAAAGCGUCGAUCAAAUGGAUGAUCAUUGGGAAGAUCCCGCCCUUGGAAAACUUGUUAUUGUAGCCAAUAAUGAUUUGCAGAAUAAUCUUAUUGAGUUAGAUUCAACUGCACAAUUGCACGCUGAAGAGUCUACAAUGGGUACAAAGUCAACUGAAAAUCUUUCAGAAGGGAUAGCACGGAGGAAAAGGAGAUGGAGAAAACAAAACGAAAAGAGGGUUAAUACUAAAGAUGAACUUCAAAGUGCAGAUAUUAUGUCAAAUCUGAACUUGCCAGAUGUAAGUCAUGGAAUAGGGAAUGGCAGUAAGCUAAUUACAAAUGAGAGCACUACCUCUUUAUUGCAUUUGGUGCAUGAUACAAUGAGACCUGUUGGCUUAAAUAAAAACAAGAAUUCCUUGGCACCAGUUGACUUUGAUUCAAAAUCUUAUUCUAAAUUCCCUGAGCUGGGACCUGCACCUAUGGAAAGGCCAAGGGAGAUGGAAGUUGAAAGGUUUUCUUGUGAAAGCCAACAUUUACCUCUUACUCAUGAGAUGUCUAGUAAAAAUGAGAAAAUCGAGAACAAAGAAGAAAAUAUUGUUUAUCAGGGUAAAGAUUCAGCUGCAUGCUCUUCCUGUGACGUGGAGGUGACCAAGCAUAUCUCUUCUCCUAUUUUGAAGGAAGAAGAUCACUUAUCAAAUGAUUCAUUUCUAGGAAUAGCACCAGUUGCUUUUGUCAGGAGAAAACUUCUUGUCCUAGAUGUAAAUGGUCUACUUGCAGACAUCGUAAUGCCAGCACCUAAAGACCGUAUAGCGGACACACGUAUCUUGGGACGGGCUGUUUUCAGGAGACCUUACUGCAAUGAUUUUCUGAAGUUUUGCUUUGAGAACUUUGAUGUCGCCAUAUGGUCAUCAAGAUCCAAGAAAGUUAUUGAUAAUGUUGUCAAUUAUUUAUUGGGAGACCUACGACACAAGUUGCUAUUUUGUUGGGAUAUGUCACAUAGUACUCAAACAAGGUUCAAUACUCUUGAAAACAAGCAUAAACCCUUGGUCAUGAAGGAGCUAAAGAAAAUUUGGGAAAAAUAUGAUCCUAGACUUCCUUGGGAGAAGGGAUAUUAUAAUGAAUCGAACACAUUGUUGUUGGACGAUUCUCCUUACAAGGCCCUUCUCAAUCCUCUGCACACUGCAAUAUUUCCAUAUUCAUACAAUUACAAGGAUAAAAGUGACAAUUCGCUUGGUCCUGGAGGUAAUCUUCGAGUUUAUUUGGAAGAUAUGUUAAAGUGUGACAAUGUAAAGAAAUAUGUCGAGCAACAUCCGUUCGGUCAAGGUGCUAUAGAUGAGACAAAUAUUUAUUGGAGCUUCUACUCCAGAGUUCUCGAGAGUUCUACACAGGAUAGGAGUAGGAUACAGCUCUUGCUUUGCUGCCCUGUUUCUCCUCUUCUGCAAAGGUUCAUACAGCGCAAGGAGUUGAAUCUGUUGGUUUACUUGCCGCGGGUCGAAGCAUCGUGCUUGAAUAAGAGUGGUGUCGGUACCCGUAAUCAUCUACCAUGGAUACAAAUUCAAUCCAAAAUCCUGAUGGAGAUAGUCAAAGAAGAGAAAAAGGACUGA